AUGCAGUCGAGCCAAGUUUUUUUUGCUGUCCCACGUCAAGAGUGGGAGUCUGUGUUUCCCUUCCCUCCUCCUCUUCCAGCUUCCGCCGCCUUUCCUCAGAGCGUUUGUUUUCCCCCUAUUUCCCCAUUUAUCCUGCCGCUGCGCCUCCCGCCCGCGGUGCCCGCGCCGCUGCGCGGGCACGCGCGGCAGAGCUGGGCAGACCCCCCAGCAGCGGUGUGCGCCGCCGUGGGGCACGCCGCGUCUUGUCCUUCGGCAGCCGAUCCUUCUGCCACUGCUCAGGAGGGGAAAAAACACAGACACAAUUAA